GUCGCUUCGAAUCGGUUGAUGUUUCUUCUUCAAUUUUCAUUUCGAUUUGAAUACAAAUGUUGUUUAAAGAGGAAGUAAAGCGCGCAUUGUUUAUUAACUGACUGUGAAUCUGAAUCCCAGACUGAAGUGCCUUUUUGGGUGUGUUUUUGUACGGAAAAGUGUCGCCUUACCUAAAUUCUGGCAUGCAAGUCAUGAUCUUGGCUCACAGCCGGCAUCUUGAUGACGCAUUUCUUAACAAUCGCAGAUCCACAUAAACAACAACGACAACGGUCACCUACUCGUGUAUUUGUAUCUGUAUCUGUGUCUGUGUUACUUAGCAAAAGAUGCUCGUAAAAAUGCUUGGCGCGCAUUUUGCAGCUGGCCAACAUGCAAAAAAAAGCAGUUGCUCCGCUCUACUGAUUCCCCUGCUCUCUAUAUUUCUCCUUAUUUUACGCCCACUACUGGUAACCAGUCAUGUCACUAGUGGGGGAUCACCAUCAAAGGUAUCAUUCGAUCCUCAAAUUGUUUUGGUCAACAAAUGCUGCGAGAAAUUCGAGAUACACGUGGACGGCGAGUGCCAGCAGGUCAACAAAACGGACUACUUCCACCCAGUGUUCACUAGCAAUGGAGGGAAGCAAAACACGGCCGUUCUUUUCAAGUUCGUCAUUGGCAUUCCCAACUGCGGAUCCAUGCAGAUGUGGCCCAUAUACCAUUAUGAUGGGAGCUCUGAUAAGCUAGUGCUACUGGAAGAUGGCAAGCUAAGGCAUUUCACAAAUGCUGAGCAUGAGAGCGAGGAGCGUCAUGGAAUACAGUCAGAUUAUGAGGAGGACAUUGCCGACACUAUGGAGCCUCUAUACCACGACUACGAUAAUGGAUUGUACUGCAUCGAUAGAGCUACCUCCAGCACUGGUGAAAAACAAGUUUUAUUUGCCAAGAUCUGCUUGGCUCGGAAAGAGAUCAAAUGGAGUGAUUCCAACUUUCUUCUCCGCAAGAUCUUGAACCCCAUAUUCCAUGGGAUUUCGCUUAUCAUUCUGUUGAUCAUCGCUAUCGUCUACUUUAUACUGCCAACACUGAGCAGAGAUUUGGUGGGUAACAUUGUGACAACGAUAGCCAUGUGCCUGAUGGUUAGUCAGGCGGCGGACCUGGUACGCAUCUUCACGGAGCUGACAAGCCAUGUUAGCUUCAUUGUUGCGGACAUAAUCAUGUGCUUCAGCCUGCUCGCAGCCUUUUUCUGGCUAAAUAGUUUUGGAUUUUACAUCUGGAAAAGUUUUCGUUCGAGAAACGUUUUCCUGCGGGUUACGGAUGGGAAGAAGUACUGCUACUAUUCUGCCUACGCCUGGGGAUGCACGGCAACGAUGGCUGUAUUAGCUGUCUUUUCUCAUUUCUUCUUGGACGCAGAGUCCUAUAAACGAGAGCAGAUGGUAGGCGAACAGGAGACCAUCGGCUGGCUUGCCAUCUGCAUAUUUUUUGCUCCCAUUGCUUGCAUCAUUUUGGUAAACAUAUUCUUCUAUGUUACCACAAGGAAGCUGAUCAACCGAAGGACAGUCUACGGUCGCAUUGCACACAAGCUGAAGGCCAACUUCAUCAUGUUCUCGCUGAUGCUUUUGGUAAUGUCGAUAGCCUGGCUGUUCCUCAUAAUGUCUUGGCUGCAGCUGGAGGGUCUGUUAUAUGCCCACAUCGUGGUCAACGCCCUGCAGACACCGCUGCUACUCUAUAUCUGCGUGCUGCGACAGCGGCAUGUGACCUUCCUGCUGAAAAAGACAUGUUGCUACAACGAGCCACCCUCAGCGAAUGACUGGGGCGAUGAGUUGCACUACAUGAACGGCAACGACUACUAAUAAGCCACCGUCCACACUAAUUUAAGUGUUUUUGUAGUUUAGCAAUGUCUAACAUUGAGAUUUGUACUUAAACUUAACCUAUUUAUGCUGUACGAGAUUGUAAUUAAAAGAGAAGUCUGA